AUGCACCAUGAGCUCUUCCUAGCGUUGCUAGGACACGUUGGCGACGUUAUUGAACGUCGGACGGACGGGUUUUUCAUCCGAAAAGAUGCAAAGUUUCUAUCUCAAGCUCAACGUAGUGUGUUAGAUCGUUUACUGCAAUUAGGUUUUGCGUAUUCCGUCUUGAAUCAGUUUAUACGUUGUGUGUCGUUCCUACCAAGUGUUUAUCUCCAUGCACUUGCACAAGCGGUACAACGACUUUUAGAUCGCUACACAGAUGCUAUUGUUGAGCUCGAAGCCAAAACAUUGCGAUCACGUGCUGUCUUUCCAUUGUCAAAUCUUUUAUACGAACUAGAAGAAUUUCGAGAUCUUCUACCACAACUAUGUGCUCUCGUGCAUCGUCUUAAUUUCAACACACAACGUAUACACGGUCAAGAAGAGACAAAAUGUGUCAAAGGUGCUGAAUUGCUUACAAUUGUGCAUCGAAAUACACACUCAGGCUUUCCACGAAUUCGUCAUUGUAUGCAAGAAUUGCUCUAUUCAUGCCAUCGGGUCGUGUAUCAACAAAUGAUGGCAUGGAUGAUACAUGGUGAGCUUGUCGAUCCACACGAUGAAUUUUUCAUUAAAAAGAAGAAACAAGACGAAUGGACGCAUGAUCCAGACGCUUCGGUGUGGCACGAAUACUUUCUGCUUGACUUGGAGGCUGUUCCAAUCGAUUAUUUUCCACUUGCUGUAGCACAGAGUGUCUUUGCUAUUGGCCAAGCGGUGCGCAUUUUAACACGCGCUGACCACUUUUCCCCCCAUGACGUGCAGAAUUUGAUUCAGCUAGUAUCAGAGCUAGCACAUCAGCCCGUCUUUGAUGCUUUGAUGCUUGAACAGAAAGUCGAAAUCGUUCGACGAAACGUUGCAAAAAGAUUGCAUGACGAAGUGGUAGUCAAGCUCAAUUUCAUUGGAUAUCUUCAUGUGUUAAAGGAUUUCUUUCUCUUAGCGCGUGGUGAAGUAUUCCAGACGUUCAUUGAACGCACGUUUGAUAUGAUGCUUGUGCGACCCACGAGCAGGUCUGAGGAUGAUGUAAAUCAUGGCGUCUGGCACGACAUUGUACACGAGUUGAUACCAAAUGACGAGAAAUGGAGCCACGAUUUUCACAUGCAGCUGCCGCUCCAGACGUUUGCAUUCAAUAGCUUUGUUUCGACAGAUCAGUUGAGUUUAUUUUACUUAUCGAAAGACUCCAAUAGCAAGUGUCUAUCCGUAUCAAUUACCGAAUGUUGUCAAUCUGAUGACUCAAUUACACCAAGUGGCUCCAUAUGGUGGCAGCACGCGCAGCAAGAUGGUAAAGCGUUCGUCUCGGACUUUGUCUUGCAAUGGGAACCUGACAAUUUCUCGCGCGAAAGGCAUUACGUGGCAUUAUUUCUUCGAAAUGAAGGAGUCAUGUGUCCUGCAAUAUUAAGAAAUGGCUCCUUUGAGCUUCAAAAUGCUCACGACGUGUAUGUUUCCAUUAAUAUAGCAAUUGAAUGUCUAACAAAUGGAAUGCAAGUAAUGGCACAAGUCAAACCUUCGUAUGGAGGCCACAAUGGGAUCCAAACAUCGUUAAUCCAAAAUAUUCGACGUGAAUGCGGCUCCAGUCCGAAACUUCACGUUCGGAUUCAGUAUGCUCGAGAAGAAGGCACGACGGAAACGUCUACUUUACUCACUUACACAAAAAUGAUCGCUGUGAUUAUAAAUGAUGAUGUGGUCCUCGAGACGCCGCUCGAUCUCCCUCAAGUAUUACAAUUAAAUGCAACGAAAGAAAUGUAUUACAUUGGACUUGGACUCUCAUCGUACGUACAAUUAAGAGAUUGGAAUUUGGAAAAGUAUCCGGCCGAAACGAAUUGGCGUAAAGGUUCGUGUGUGCACUUGAAAGAUUGCAACACGAGUGUAACCCCACGUGAAUUAUGGCACGCAUUAACUUUACGGUGCCAUGUACAUUGGCCAUUGCAACUUUUAGUUGCACCGGAAAUAUUACGUUCGUACGGCCAUUUGUACCAAUUUUGUUUUCGAUUAAAACGCGUUGCCUACGCACUUGAGGUGGCGUGGAAACGAUGCAUGGGCCGGUCAUACCAAACAAGUGGUACACGUGCAGCUGGUUUAGUACGCAGUCGCAUGAGUUUUGUCGUCCGUACACUUGAGUUAUACUUUCAGGUGUUUGUAAUUCAAUGCAAGUUCAAUACAUGUGUCGAGCAGAUUAAAACGGCAGACGAUUUUGAUCGUGUCAAGCGCGUGCAUGAGACUUUUGUUGCUAGUGUGGUCAAGAGCUGCUACGUGCAUACAAAGACUGUGGCGUCAGCAUUAAAUGAGUUGCUAAACUCUUGCUGGGACUUUGCUGAAUACAUGCUGCAAGAGGAUACGAAUACAGAGCUCUCUUUUGAUUGCAUUGCGCGGUUGGACAAGAAGUUUCACCGUCGCUUUGAAUUUCUCUAUAGUGUCUUGCAAAUUAGCGAAGCCCGUAAUUUACUCUUUUUACUGGAUGGUAAUGGAUACUUUACAGCAGAACGCGAACGCAAGAAUCAGUUUCGACAGUAG